GAAACAAGUAUAACCAAGUUUAUCGACUACAUCACGUCCAGUCUUGCCACCGGUGGUGACGCCCUGGCUGCGAAAAUGUCUGAGGUCAUCGAAAAGAGCUACCGGAACAUUGUGAGAAAUAAGGUUCUGAGACUCGAAGCGGCAUUUUCUGGCGUCCGGACCAAUGCGAUCGCUGCUCUUGGACACUGCGAUGAGCUGAAACAGGCCUACGACUCCGGGGUGUCGCUUAUGUGCAACGUCAUCCUGUCAAACGCGAACGGCUUCUGGGUGGCGCUAGUAAUCAUCUCGCUGCUGCUAACCUUUGCCUCGUUCACGUCUAUGCGGCUCUCGAAGCAAUGUCUCAAGUUGAACAGGCGGGAGCUGGCCGUCUCCGAGGGCGAGCCGGUGCGACACACCCUCAAGGAAAGCGGCCAAAACAUUUCGUCCCGUAUCCGUCCGAAAGCCGUGACGGGUCGCGAGGAAUGCGGCGACUUUCGGGACGCCACGUCACCGACGGACGAGGACCUGGACGUGACGGUCAUCGGCAGCGUCCAGAGCAACAGGUUCUACGGCGACAGCGUCGAAGCGGACCACGCGUUCCGCGCCUAAAAAACUUUCGCGCUCUGUUUUACCCUGCCUUUAACACACAUCCCUCUUCCCACUUUUUUUUAAAUUUUUUUCAUUUCAUCAGAAGAUAACGCGCACGACUGAAGGAACUCACCGAUAGUGCUUACCUCAUGUUACAUCAUGUGCCCUGAAGAGUGCUUCCAAUAAAGCAACUGUUCCGCAUUGCCUUUAGAUCGUGCAAACAACACGGUCAGCACAAACCAGCUGUGACAGUGUAGAAAGCUGUAGCCUAAUCUCAAUAAAGUUCGGCGAAAUGAUUUUGUUAUGGA